CAGGUGCUCCGCUCUCUCUACUUCCCACCCCCGUGACCUUAAGCAUUCUUAUUCCUACUCGUCGCGAAAUCGGUAUAUGGGUAUCUCGCAAGCCGUUCCAUGGACCAAGUAAACCCCUUCGAACCGCUCCUGUAUUUCGCACUUUGCAUUCGAUAGUACUAAUUGGCCUCGUCGUCUUCUGUGACUCGUACGCUGUUAACACCACGUUGGGUCCCCGGGCUUGGGUGGCCUCGACACGAGGCUCCGUAUUCCCAAGGCAUCCUCUCUCCAGCCUGGGAUAUUCUUCCUUAUAACCAAGACUGCAGACAUGUCUACACGCUCUUCACGGUCUCCACAGGUCGAACCUGUAGUUCCCAACCAGCACAUCGACGAGAACAAGCUCCCAAGCGGACAGUGCCGAUACAUUCUCCUCAACCCGGAGAUCAAAGGACAACGUUGCGCUUGUGUGGGCUUUACCAUUAAUCGCUCCCUCCCAGGUGUCACCUGUGAAUGUGGUCAUCUCUCGUGCUACCACAUCCAGUCCGCCGAACCGCCCCCCGAUAGGAGCGAAGUAGACAUGCUUCGACGGCGUAUCAGGCUCCUUGAAGAGCAGCUUGAUAGGGAGAAUAACGGCGGGCUUGGCAGUGCAUUGAGUCGCGUGGUCCGACGUUUGGGAGACUUAGAGGAGCAGGUUGAGAGGAACAGAGACGAGACGAGCCAAGAAAUGAAGGGCUGCUACAGAAAUGUUGACCGUAUGUGGCAAUCCGUCGCCCAGCUUGAAAAAAGGCAGGCCGGAUAUGACGAUCGUUUUCUCAUGUUUGAUGAACGUAUAGACGACCACGAUGAUACGUUGCAGAGAUUGAGCGACAGACUCAUCGAGUUUGAUGAAGCGUCCAUGGUAUUAGAGGAGCGCGUCGAGGCACUUGAGGGGCAAGGGAGUCCUCAUUUCGCUCUCCGCGACAGCAAAAGAGGCUCUACACCAGGCUCAGAAGGGUCAAAAAACUACAGCCGGGCUGUAGCAAGGCAAUCCUGCCCGCCGAGUAGCCACGACCAUAGUAUAACGCACGCUACGUCGACUCUGGUCUCAGAUGCUGGCAGAGGAAUUAGCCAGGCUGGCCCAAUGAAGAUAAACGGGGCAUGGACCGUACAUGUGUCGCUUCUCCCAACAGCCUCACAACCGUUCCCCUUUGAGAAAGACACAAAUGCGUAUAAACGGUGCUUGUCCCGUGGGCUUCACCAAAUGAUUGCUGUUAGGGGAACAGACGGUGAAUCCUUCUCAAAGGCCGUAACCAAAGCUUUUGGGAGUCUGCUUAGAGGAAGGAAUUGGGUCCCACUACAGGCCAGAUUAUGCGAUGCUGCGACGCUGCAAGGCCUUCCCAUGUUACGACCGCUAGACCCUACUUUAGUCAACGCGACUUAUGAUCUCGAUUUCUUACGCAAAUAUUGCGCCGUCUGCUGCCCUAAUGGUAAGGUGGAGUCUAUGUAUAUCGCUAUGCUAUCGGAUACGUUGUCGUGGCAGUUUCUAAGGCGAUCACCGUGUUAUCUUGAAGGCCUUGAAGAUUGUUGGGCCUACGAUCCGCUUCUGGAUCCGAACGACAACUUCGAAGAUUGCGACAGCGAAAUAGACGAUCGACGGUCGGCAGGGGAGAUCGUACCCCCAUUGCCUUCCCUAAAGCGAACAGCUUCAGAGAUAUCGCGGACACCAACUCUAAGUUCGGCCUCCAACGAAGGAAAUGACAGCUCACGGCAAAAACUACCACGAACAACCUGUAUUCAAACAGCUAUGGAACUUCGUAGACGAGGAGUGGAAAUGGUUUAAACUUGAUGCUUGGAUAUACCACAUAGAUUAUGAUGACGUACGGAUAGACCUUGGGGGGCGUUUUUCUCCUUUUCUUUUUUAUCGUUGCCCUCGCUCUUUAUUGUGGGUGGGGGACAAAUAGUACCUGGGAAAGGAAUGCUAUUGAGUUCCGACAAGCGUGGACACAGCUUCUUUUCAACCGUCGGUGGCCACAGAAAGGCACACGCGUUCGAAGUCUAGGUCAAUCGCUCGUAUUCUCAGUCAAGUCGGUCAUUUGCUACAGUAUGAGAGGGAAAGAUCUAGAGAAUGAUCUAAUCUGGCAUCUCGAGGUGCGAGCUCGGGAUCUUAUAAACCUACACAUAGACCAGAAGGAUCAGUCUACGUGGCAUUAGGCCAGAUGAGGAUACGGGAUCUUAAAUACCUACGGCGAAGAAUGUUCAAAAUUAUAACCUGGCUAUCUGGCUGCCGUCAUAUCCGCCUCUCUUGGCUAGUCAAGGCGAGGUUAAUCUGAUACGAUUCGCUAUAUUUGGAGUUCGCUUGUAUAUAUCUUUGACACCGUUAACUAGAGGUAGCUACAUCUACUUUCUUUUAUACAUACGUGAGCUAUAUGGUAGACAGUAUUUGAAGUUGAAACGGAAGCCAAGUUUCGAAAAUACUGAUAGGCACAUGUUGCUACAACA